AGAAAAUGAAUUUUUUGGAGUACACGUUGACACAUAAUCUAGUCCUACAGUUGCUAUCGUUAAAUUUUACCCAACCAAUUUGGAUAUUUAAACUUCUUGACAUGCAAAAAUGAUGGAUUAAUUCGAUUUGGUGCCGCAUUUGGGUGACAUUUUUUCAAUUUUCGUUGAACAAAGCUAAAAAUUAACAAAAAUCUAUCAAUUUUCAUUCAUUCUUUAUUUUACUAGCAGUAAACAGUGGCGUUCGUGCACUGCUCACGAAUAUUUGACACUUCAUUGCACUGACAUUUGAAUUUUUUUGACAGCGUAACGAAUGUUGGUUAUGUUUUGGUUGAUUUGAAAUUGAACCAGCACAUAUGAUUUUAGCAAUAUUUUGAUUUGAUAAAAAUGAGCACACAAAUUAGGAAAAUUAUCGCUAGGAAGUUAUUCGAGGCGGUUGACAAUGGCAAAUUGAAUCCAGUGGAAUUUUCAAAUAAAAUCAUUCCCAACUUACAGUUUAGAACCACUGCCGAAGGUAAAUCGUUGUAUCAAAUUAAUCCAAAGAAUCUUCAAAAAUCGUUGAAUGACAAUUCACUUGCGAUCAAUGAAUUGGUAUCAAAGGUUUUAUCUACAAAAUGCAAUGAUUCACCGGCGAUUGCAUCGAUAUCUAGCCACGAAAAAAACUUGAUAUUUCAUUUGAAUCAGCCAGUCUUUGUGGGUGGCAUUUUAACUGCUUCUACCGAAAAUCCAUCUGAUUACAAACUUAUCGACGAGCCAACGGAAAAUAUUAUUGUUGAGUAUAGUUCACCGAAUAUCGCCAAACCAUUUCACAUUGGCCACUUGAGAUCGACCAUCAUCGGCAAUUUCAUUGCGAAUGUUUUUUCAGCUUAUGGGCACAAUGUCACUCGAAUCAACUAUCUCGGUGAUUGGGGCACACAAUUCGGUUAUUUAAAGCUCGGUAUGGAUAUGUCGGGCUUAUCUGACGAAGAAGUGGCCAAAGAUCCCAUCAAACACCUGUUUCAUGCAUAUGUUCAAGCGAACCGUGUUGCCGAAACUGAUUCAGAGUUUGCAGCAAAGGCCAGAGAAGUAUUUAGUCAAAUGGAAAAUGGGGAAUUGCCCGAUUUGGAGGCAUGGCGACAAUAUCGUGAAUACACGGUAAAAGAAAUGGAACGCGUGUAUGGGCGAUUAGGAGUUAAAUUCGAUGUGUAUGCAUGGGAAUCAGACUAUCGAAAAGUAAAUAUUUUAAAUCAACUGGAACUAUUGAGGAAAUCGGACUUUCUUCAAGUCGAAGCCGAUGGAAAGGAAACAUUUGUUUUAGACGAAAAUGUACGAAAACCACUUCUGAAAAGCGAUGGCAGCACACUUUAUUUAACGAGAGAUGUGGCUGCUGUUUUUGAUCGCCAGGAGAGAUACAAGUUCGAUCGCAUAUACUACGUGGCUGGAAAUGAACAACAUCAACACUUUGACGGUCUUUUUAGCAUUGCGAAGAAAAUUGGCGUUCGAAAUGCUAACCGGUUGCAUCAUGUGAAAUUCGGCAAAGUGGAGAAAAUGAGCACGAGAAAGGGCAAUGUGGUUUUUCUCAGCGAUAUUUUAGAUGAAAUUCGAGAUUUGAUGCAUAGCAAACAAAUUAGUUCGCCUAACACAAAAAUCGACUUGGAAUCAGAUGAGAAAAGAACGGCCGAUAUCGAAGGUGUCUCCGCUAUAAUAUCCUAUGAGUUACAAAGAAUGCCCACCGCAAGCUAUGAAUUCCAUAUGGAUGAUAUCAUGAAGGAUGCCAAUGCUAGUGCAAAGAAUUUCCAAAUGACCCAUAGCCGACUUUGUAGCUUAGAAUCCGUAACAUCAGUACAAGCUGCAAGCGAAUAUGAUCCAAAAUAUCUGUUGGAACCGGAGGCAGUACAGUUAGUCUUAGAUAUAGCACGAUUACCCGAUGUUAUUUAUGAGUCGAAGCGAAUCUUAGGAGCACAACGCCUGCUCAAUUACAUGUUUUCAUUGAACACUCGUACGAAAAAAGCACUGAAAGCAUUACCAAUCAAGGGAGACGAUAAUCCAAAUCGACAGGCUCAACGAAUGCUGUUGUUCAAGUCUGCCAAAAAUGCGCUAAGAGCGUGUAUGAAGCUGAUUAGUGUGACACCCUUAGAAAAGAUUUAAAAUCUACCAAAUGUGAUACAUUUUCAGAAAGAAAGAAAAGAAAAAAAAGAAUGAAAAAAAAACCAUACAAAAUUCAUUCAAAAAAGUGUUUAUUUUAAUUGUUUCUGCAAAUGAAUUUUAUAAAUUAUUCCAUUUUCUUGAGUAAGUAUGUCUUCCGAUAGAAGUCGCCAAACAUGAACAUCAUGAAUAAAUUCUGGAGGGCCAUUAUGAUGCAAAACAGUUUUGGAUAGGUGCAGUCGGCAACAAAAAUACAGAUAGAAAAGUGAACUCCCAGCAACAGGAAUUGUGUGAGUUGAAUUUGUGUGAUGUGUUUUUUCCACCAAAUGGAUUUUUUCACAUUCUCAUCGAGCGCACUGAACAGAUAGUAUCCAUACAUGACCGCGUGUACGAAGCAGUUCAAAAUUCCAAGCAUUGUACCAUGGCCCGCCGCACAAAAACGUGAAGCAAUAAAUCCACCGAAAACCAUUCCCGUAUGGUGGUAAACGUGCAAAAAGGUGACGUGGCUGAAUUUCUUACGAGCAAUGAAGAAUAGCUGCCGAAAAUAAAAAUGCAAGUUAAGCGAUGUUCAUCACAAAUGUAUGGAGUUGAUGAAAAAUAAGCGUCUGCAUGUAGGCAACAUAUUAUCCACAGCCAUUGUUUAAACUCACAGUAUCCAGCAAAUCGAGCACUUUCAAAAGGAAAUAACAAUAUGUGGCCAAUACUUGAUGCAUGGCAUUUUCACUCCGAUCGUUUUGUGGUGUUGGCGAAUUGCAGCUCAGAUUGAAUGUGCCUUGAUAAUAUGUCACUUUGAAAAUCUAAA